CACCAUUUCAAAUUUCAAAUCCAUCCUUCGUCUCCUCUCCUCUCCUCCUCCCCUUCCACCCCACGCGCCCCGCACCCACCCACGCGCCGCGCCCUAACCCUAACCCUAACCCUAACCCUACUCCUCUCGCUCGCCAUGUCCGAGCCCGCGUCGCCCCCACCGGCCAUGCCCGAGGACGCCGCGCCGCCGCAGCCGCAGCCGGAGCCGGCGGUUCCAGCGGGGGAGGAGGCCGCCCCGUCUCUGGAGAGGAAGGAGGAGUUGCUGCCGGUGGAGGAGAAGAUCUCGGAAUUAGAUGAAUCACAGUCACAGCUUAUGGGGAGACUUCGGGGACUCAAGGAGGAUUUGCUGAAUUGGAGGAGCAGUUUAGAUACACAAGUGACAAAAUACAAAAGCGAACUCUCUGAUAUCAAAACUGCGCUGAAUAGCGAAAUUGAACAGCUGAGAUCAGAUUUUCAAGAAUUGAGGACCACCCUUAAGAAGCAGCAGGAAGAUGUAUCAAAUAGUUUGAAGAAUUUGGGGCUACAAGAUGCUACUGACAAUGAUGGGAACAAAGGAAGUGGUGAGGAGAAUGCAAGUGAGGGUGUCUCAGAUACCCUAGGGAACCUGAAAUUGGAUGAUACUCCAAAAAACCAUGAUGAAAGCAGUGAUGCCAAUGAUGAAAAGAAUGAAACCAUUGCUGAAGAUGGCACGGUCGAUAAAACUGUUAAGGCUGAGAGUGCAAGUGAUGAAUGAAGUAGCGGAGGAACCAGAAGUAGAACUUGGGCCGCUUCUUUUUCGUGGCUCAGCUGUAGUAAUUUUUAGAACAGAGAUAACUUUGGUUCCUGAAACGAGUCCACGCUCUCUGAUGGCUUCGUCGUGUAGUGUUGUUAAUCGCUGUCAUGACUUGUGAAAUCCCAGUUCUCUGGAAUGGCCGUAGUAACAAUUUUAUUGCUAUCAGCAAGUUAUCUAAAGAAUAGCCACUGGAAUUUUGCCUUUAAAAAUUCCAGAUAUUUUUCUCAAAUCAGUUAUCUAUGUGAUGCCAGCCAUUUUAAGGCGGAAGAAUGAUGGGUUUUUUUUUUUUUGGUAGGCCAUGGUUGGUAUUGUUGACUGUGGCUAUGGAUGAAAUAGUAUUCAUUUGAACGGUGAGUUUGAAUCAAAUCAGCCAAUAUAAAAUUGGUUAGCUUUGUAUA